AUGGGUUCAGGCGGCAACAUUGGUUCAGGGCAUAACAUGGGUUCAGGCGGCAACAUUGGUCCAGGGCAUAACAUGGGUUCAGGCGGCAACAUUGGUUCAGGGCAUAACAUGGGUUCAGGCGGCAACAUUGGUCCAGGGCAUAACAUGGGUUCAGGCGGCAACAUUGGUCCAGGGCAUAACAUGGGUUCAGGCGGCAACAUUGGUCCAGGGCAUAACAUGGGUUCAGGCGGCAACAUUGGUUCGGGGCAUAACAUGGGUUCAGGCGACAACAUUGGUCCAGGGCAUAACGUGGGUUCAGGCGGCAACAUUGGUCCAGGGCAUAACGUGGGUUCAGGAGGCAACAUGGGCUUGCAGCUGUUGCCUCCGUCAGCCAUCAUUAAAGGACAUUAG